ACAAACCCAUAGUCAUGGGUGCCCGCAUGCCUACAUUGUCCUCUCUACGGAUUCGCCGCCAGAGUCUUGGAAGUCAAGAGAUAACGCAAACUCCCUUGCAUUGGUGGUUUGUACGCAGGAACCACUUCCUUUCGCGAAUCACGCCGCGCGACUCCAGUGUCUCCUUCUCGUCCCGUCACAAGUGCAUCUCCACCUACCUGCAAGCACGGGGUUACGCUUGCGAUGCGGUCACACAUGCGGUAGUAUUACCGUUGUGCGCGGAUGGAUCUUGAUAAGAGAUGUGGGCCGGAGGAAGCGCGCUGCUCGAUCCAUCGCCGCCGCGAGGCCGGAAGUGGAAGCUGCUUCGAACAAAGCACUGAGAGGGUAGCGCUCACGUCCAUCAUAGCGUUUGAGUGAUCAACUCGGUCCAGGCAUGUCACGACUAAUGAGGCUGCGAUGCAGGCUUCAAGCGAAGCACUCAUCGUCCUGUCUAUUUGGACGUGGUGUCCAGGUCCUGAG